AUGUUUAAAGAUGAUAGUGUGAACAGCAGAAAAGAUGGUAGUAGAGAAGAAAUAAACCCAAGUGCUUUGCAAGGAAUUGUUACUUCACUGAACUGCCGGACUAUUAGAAUCGGAUCAUAUAGAUAUACACCAAAAGAAAAGGUUUACAUAUCAUCUAAAGGUAUUAAAAUAGUGGCACCCUCUCUCAAAAAUGAAUCGAGAGAGGUGGCACUACAAAUACAGUUGAAAGAAGUUGUAAGAAUAUUAGUACAUUUUGGAAAAGGACUACCUGUUAUUUUUUUAUAUACCAUGAGUAAAUGUGGAGUAUACAUAAGAAAAGCAUUAGAUAUGACUGAAGAAUCAGGCCCAUAUUACAACCCCAUGUCAGGUAUAGAUCCUUUCAAAAGAAUAACACUCUUACCUGAAUCUAUAACAGAUGAAGCUAAAAUAGCCUUAAAAGCUUUAUUUGGUAAAGUAAUGGAUGAACUUAAUGCUCGUGAAGCUAAUGAAAUUUUAGUCAGGACAUGUCCUAAAGAUAGUGGUAAUGUUUCAAAAAUUACAACUAGGUCUGUAAGUGCUUCCAAUACAUCAGGAGCUAAAAGCGCUAACCCUGCCGAAAUAAGGCAGAUCUUAAUUUAUCCACCUGGUAAAGGAGGUAUACCUAUUAAUACAGAAGACUACAUGUGCCUAGCUCAAGAUCAGUUUUUGAAUGAUGUGAUCAUAGAUUUUUAUUUAAAAUAUUUAGUUCAUGAUGUAUUAACACAUGGUCAGAGAGAAAAGACUCAUAUUUUUAGCACAUUUUUCUAUAAAAGGCUAACAACCAAACCAAGUAAAGUUAAUAAGUGUUCUAAUCCACACGAGUGGGACAGCAGUUUGACACCUGCACAAAAGCGGCAUGCGAGAGUGAAAACUUGGACAAAAAAUGUUAACAUUUUUGAAAAAGACUUUAUUGUAGUUCCUAUUAAUGAAAACUGCCAUUGGUUUGUGGCGAUUAUUUGUUUUCCCAGUUUGGAUGGUUGUAGAAGUAUGAUUGAUAAUAGAACUGUCACUCCUCAAGAAAUAAAAAAAAGAGAACGACGGUCUUCGAUACAAAUAGGCAAUACGACCAUCACCCCUUUAACAAAGCAAGAACAGCUUACAUUAAGUUGUGACUCGGAUAAUCUUAGUGAGAGGGAUGAAGCUGAAGCAGAUGAAAGUGAUUUAGAUAUGCAAUGCGAUUCAGAUGAGGAAGAUGUUGAGAGAAAUGAAAAAAUAGUUGAACCUCAACCUAUAGGCAAAAAUGAACCUAUUAAACAACCUUGUAUAUUAAUUUUCGAUUCAUUAGCUGGUGCCUCUAGAUCUAGAGUGGUUGCAACUCUGCGUGACUACCUCACAUGUGAAUAUCAAGCUAAAAUGUGUAAAAGUAAAGUAUAUAACAAAGACAAUAUGAAAGGAAGCUGUCCAAAAAUACCUCAACAAAAUAAUUUUACUGACUGUGGAUUAUACUUGUUGCAAUAUGUAGAACAAUUUUUUAAGGACCCUAUUUUGGAUUAUUCUUUACCUAUAAAGCAGCUGGCUCACUGGUUUGAUGAAAUUAUUGUAACAAGGAAGCGAGAAGAUAUCUCGAUCCUCUUAAAAUCAUUGAUGGACAGAUAUAAUCCAGAAUCACAUUUGAGUUUACCAGAUAUAACAUUCCCUACAUUAAAUGGUAAACUGAUAGAAUCAGAAGAACAACCAGAUGAACCUUCUGAUGGUGAUAAAGCAAAUUCUAGCAAAAUGCUAAAAGGAGACGGAAAGGAUUCCGAAGGACCAACACUCACCUUUGUUAAACAAAUGCCAACUGGUGAUAUAUUAGUGAAACGCAAUUUUUCAGAUUCAUCUGACACAAUCCAUUUAAGAAAAACUAUAAGGUUGUCUAGUGAUUCUGAAAAUAGAUCUGUUGUUUCAAUAAAACAAGAAUUCAUAAAGAAAGUUGAAAAUGAAAAUCAAAUUCUUAUACCUAUUAAGUUACAUACAAGUGAUUUGGUUAAAGACAUUCAAAACACAUUAAUAGUUAAUAAAAGUAAAACUAUGAGUGAUAAAAAACAUGGUGUACAUAAUCAGAAUGUAUCUAGUGUGAACUGCAUUCGUCAGAAUGUAAGUGAAAGUGACAGUAACUCGUUUCUUAAAGCAAGAAGGAUAAACAAACUUGAAGAUGUAGUGAAUGAAUCAAACAAAAAGUUUAAACGGAAUGAAUGUUAA